ACUUUUAAAAAGAGUAUCACACUCAUGAGGUGAUUAUGUGAUAUUGUGAAUUAAAGACAAGACUAUUUUCAGUGAAGAGUAGUAAAGAAACUUUAGAAUAUUUAUUUGUAUUAUCAUUAGGUGUCAAAAUGGCCAGCAACACACUAAUUCUUCUAGUCAUCGUCAGUCUUUUCAGCCAAUCGCUACAAGAUGUACAUAAUAACGAAAUAGAUGUAGACGAGCCAAAUUUGUAUAAAGAGGCUGCUUCGGAUAUAAAAAGGGAACAAAAUCAAGUAAACAUUGGGGGUUUAAUGAAGAAUAUCAUGGACAACGGAGGAAAUGAUCUGUUGGGGACUAUCAUGUCAGAGAUAGGGAAAGAAGGUGGUGGAGAUAUUCUAGAGGGAUUGGGUUCUAUGCUGACGGGAGACAAACAAGGAGGAAAGAAGCCAGAUUCCGGAACUCCGAAUCUUUUAAAAGGUAUUAGUAAUAUUGCAAAAAUUGGAACUCUUCUAAGCACGUUAACAAAGAGUGGGGAUAAAAAUAAAGAUUCGGAUAGUCCAAACGUCUUAGAAAGCCUUGGUAGCAUUGCAAGCCUUGUAGGUGCGCUAGACGGACUUAAAGAUGGCGGUAAAGGUAAAGAAAAUCAAGACGGUUCCCCCGAUCUGCUAAAGAGCUUAGGAGCCAUAGGAUCCCUUUUAGCUCAAGGCCAAGGUAACAAGGAAAGCGGUGCUGGAGCUCUUCUACAAGGACUGGGAUCGCUACUCGGUCAAACCAACAAUCAAGGCCAAGGUCGUGGUCAAGGUGGAGAUGGUGCUGCAGCUAUUUUGCAAGGACUCGGAUCGCUACUUGGCCAAGCGAACGAACAAGGUCAAGGUGGAGAUGGUGCUUCAGCUCUUCUACAAGGGCUAGGAUCGCUACUUGGCCAAGCCAACGAGCAAGGUCAAGGCCGAGCUCAAGGUGGAGAUGGUGCUGCAGCUAUAUUAAAUGGUUUGGGGUCUCUCUUAAAUCAAGGAGGCGGAGAUGGACAAAAGUUAGAUCUUGGAUCAAUGCUAAACUUUUUUGCUUCUGAGGACGAUGAGAAGCCUAAGAAGAAAUCAGUAGGUUCUAAAAAAGUACGAAAAGGAGACCCUAAAGCCGAACCUGACUUUAACCUAAACGACAUAUUAUCAUUAGCUGGUAGUUUUCUUGGACAGUCUGGCCAAAAAGAUGGAAAGAAAGGCGGAAGCAACUUUUUAUCUCUCCUACCAACAAUUCUACAGACUAUGAACGCCUUUGUAGGUCCUGAAGCGAGGAGCAGAGAAAAAAGUCACGCAGGACACGCUUCGUUAAUGCCUCCAUUCUUAGAAAAACUACACGUUCUGUUUGAUCAUUUUAUCCAUUCUGAAAUGGGAAAGAGUACUAUAGCUGCUCUUGGUGCAGAGAAGUCUUUUAAAGUGUUUUUGGAUGACAAAGGACGGUUUAGCUAUAAGAAGUUUGGUGAGCUGAUGGAGAAUCACUCUUACAGGAGACAGUGGAUUCGAAUUUUAACCGAUAGAAUAGCAGAAUUUUUGCAAUAUGCUUCUGAUCCAAGCGUUUAUAAAUCGUACUUCGUAACCGCUCAAGUUUUCUUCAACAGUUACCUACAAAAAGAAGGUUUUCCGAAGAGCACCCAAUUUGAUCCAAAACGACCUGUAGAAACUAUUACAGCAUUUAUUAACUAUGUAGGAAAAAGGGACUUCCAGGUUAAUAUUGAUUCUAAAGAAUAUGUCAAACCAGCUGUUUUAUAUAUAAAGGAUCUUCUUAAGAUGACCGAAAAAAGUGGAACGCUUAGAAAGUUUAGCAACUCAAACGAGCUUUCAAGUAAACUAGCGGAUACCAUUAACUUGGAGAUCAUAGAACCUUUAGCAAGAGUUAAUCGGGCUAUCAGGUUUGCCAAAGGAAAUCCCAAAUGUGAUAGAUAUGUGUUAUGUCUAGUAAACGAAGAAAGUAAAAACGAUGCUGAAACUUUACCAGGUCUAAAGAAACUCUUGUACAAAGGUGCAAGUUUAGUUGGAGGUUGGUUUUUAAGUUCUAACACCGGUACUUCAUUCUGGACCUUAUAUACAGAUAUUACGAACAGCAAGGAUUGCAAGAAACUUUAUUCACCAGAAUGUGAUGGUUUCCACGUUGAAGAAUUAAAAGUAACGACUGAAUACGUUCACAACGAAUUAUAGUAUCGUUGACAACAACUUUGUCUAUAAAAUUAUUUAUUUUGCUCAAUCACAAUUUCAGUAAUGAAUCAUGUGCAAUAAAAACCUAACUCUACACAAAUAUUAAAACCUGCAGUUCCAAACACAGAUAAAUUACCUGCCAAAAGGAUUUGGAAGUAAACUUAUUUGGGAACACUGGUAUUUUUGCUCAAUAGAUAUGUUGCGUUUGUUAUUUUUAUAUAUUAUUAUAUUGUGUGUCAUAUAUGUUGAGCAGACAAAAAUUUUUUUUGU